GAUGUACAGUGUACAGCCACCACGCGAUGAACUUGCUGAUACGGUGGGGCCCACGUUUAUACGGGUAGAAAUUAGGGUGGCGCAUUUUUAGGAAAACUAUUUUGCGUUGGGGUCUUUUCCUCCUGACGAAUCAAAGCCCAUGACCUUUUUGUACAAGUUUUUAUCCUGGUGGUUGCACUUUACCGUGAAUGGCUCCACGAGGAAGGACGAAAAAGACGGGCUUGCAGCGGAUCGAUGCUGCCUUUGAUCACCUGAUGCCCUUUGGCUUCUCAAAGCUGGUCAUUAGCAAAACCAUCAAAAAUCUUCUAAAGGUUUAUGGAGGAGACGAAGGGUGGGUUUUCAUUGAAGAAGCUUGUUAUAAGGUUGUCAUUGACACAAUCCUUGAGCAACAAGAGAAUGAGGAGAAAGACAACAAGAUGGAGGUAGAAAGAGAAGAUGCUGAUACUUCAAUGGCUUUAGAAAUCUGCAAUCCGGUUGUUGAUGCUGUGGAGACAAGCUCACAUCCCGAGCUUAUCUCAGAUGGAUUACAUUCCGGUCCAGGUGGGGUCGCUCUGAUUUCAGACAAGGACAGACAUGAAGAUGAACUCCCUGAUGUGAUAGAUGCCACAUCAAGUACCGUCGUGACUAGAGAUACCAGUCAAAGUAUCCUGCAGCUGACAAGCCCAUCCUCAAAUGCUGAACCUUGUCAGUUGCAGGAGUCUAAUGGGGUGGUGAGACAUCGGCGUCAGCCAUGUUAUGGAUGUAUAAGCGAGUCAGAAUCAGAGAGGAAGUAUAAACCUGCUCAGCAAGGAAUGGGCUGGAGGAUAUAUCUAGCUGUUAUUGGUGUGAUGUGAAACUGUUUAAUUUAGAUGGACAACAACAUUAACUUCUCUUUGCAUACUGUUGCGGAUGAUCUCAUAAUGUAAUAUUCCGUUCUCAUGGUAGCAUAGGAAAACAUGUUUCUUUUGCGACAUAUGUAUGUCCCUCUUCCUCAAUAUUAUGUAUGUAUAUAUCCAUAUGUGCGCAUGGAUCUUUAAUAUAAUAUUCCAUUCCCAUGGCAGCAUAGGGGAUUUGCA